AUGAUUGCACGCAUAAACCACGAACAUGCAGAACGCGAGAAACUAGAGCAGGCCCGACAAGAGCUUCUGAAGCGAAAGCAGGCCUUGAUUGCAGAAAACAAAAAGCGGAAAGAUGACUUGGCUAACCUGGACCAGGACCUUGAGAGGUUUAUUGACCAUUUCUGGUGUAAUCGGACCGUUCAUGGUUGGUUAAUAUUUGCUUUCUCGAUUUGUGGUGUUCAUCGAUGCUGGCUCGCCCAAUCACAGAGGACCAAGCUUCAAGCCGCUUCUCCUUCACAACUCCGCAUCUUCUUCAACACGCCAAAUUCAACACGGCCAGCUCCGCGCCCGAUUCUCGUGGACCAUGACCUGACAAUGCGGAAUAAAAAGGGAGGCAAGAUGGAGGCCUCCUCUACCGACGCAAAAACAAACGCUACGCGAAUGACGGAUCAACCAGCCAUGAAGAUCAGCGCGAAGCGGACCCUCCCGCCCGAGAAGCCGGAGGAUAUUAGGACGAGAACACUGGUGAUAUCUGCAUUUUGGGCCAUUAUAAUAUUUCUGGGCCUUCCCAUGUGGUGGAGAACUACGUCCAUCUACAGGGCGAGACUUCCGUUGGAUGUGAUGAAGGAUUGGGCAGAUGGCAAGGCAUGUCGACCGGUCUUCCCCUUACAGAUUCUCGUACAUGCUCCGUCAAUGAACACCCCAGAUGCUGAACACCUUAUUCGCACCACCCAACAUGCUCUCGACGAUCUGAAUGAUUUCUCCGCACAUCACCUCAGGCUUCGCUUGGUAGAAACGUCACAGAGCUCAGGAGAGACACCGCAGGUUAUUCCAACAGCAGAAUCAGACGUUGAGGAGAAAAAAAAUGCGGCGCUGAAUGUCAGGUUGCUCCCACGGGAGGGUGUAGUUGUACCCAGCUCAGAACUACAUCCUUAUUCUGAACAACUGGAAAUAUUUUAUCCAGUCAAUCAAGCACCAUCUACUUCGACACUCAAUUCACUUCUCGCUACGUUUAUUGCCGCAGAGGUUCAGAAACUGUUCAAUGAGGAGAAAGCGACAAUUGCAUAUAUCCUGUCAAGCAGCAACACGUUUGGUCCGUCGCCUCAACCCUCGAUUCCAGGAGGUCAGGCCCCUUCUGUGAACAAUAGAGAGCAAGGAAUGGCAGCUAUAAAAUCCGUGGCCCCCCAAUUAGCGGAGUCAAUUGCUCGUCGCACCACGCGUUCUUUUAAAUAUGCUGAAACCUACCAUUUAAGCUUCUCGCUCUUCACGCCAGGACCACUGCCAUCCUCAUGGGACAUCGAAUCAGCGUUACAAGAAUACCUUCUACCACUACUAGGAACAUUUUCGCCCAUUAGCAACUUCUCCAUCGACACACAGGUGCAGGUGUAUGCACACUUCGCCCCAACUGCGGCGCAACCAGAAUUCGAUGAAUCUCAGAACGCCUGGACAUUGAAGAAAGAAGAGCUAGGCUCAUUCAUCAAUGCUGCGGAAUGGCCUCUAAGCCCCAGUAUCCGCAAAGGCCCAACGAUAAAUUUCAUCCUCUACAUCCCUUCAGCAAGCCAAUCUCUCUCGUGA